AGUUUACCUCAUUCAUCAAAAAAAUUCUGGAAGAUUUUAAGCAUGAACGUGAGUCCAUUACUAUUAAAGACAAAGAUGCCAGGGAGAAAUACAAUCAGAAGCGGCUUGCUAUGAUUAGGGACAACUGGAAGGCCCUUAUUCUUCUGUUCAAAGUUCUCAUAGUCAUUGUUAUUGUAGCCCUCAGCAUUGAUGAACAGAGUUCUUCCCUCUUUGUGGUAAGGACAUCCAUUCUGUUCUUACUUUUCUUGACCUGCAUCUUCUUCCAAAGGAUUGUCCAGAAAUAUGACUGGGCUGCCAAGAAUGCAGGAGUCAUAUUCAUUUGCAUCCUGGUGGCUGCAAAUACUGAAGUGAAUGUAAACCUUGGUCAGUAUAGGGUUUAUGAAGGAUUCAUCACACAGAUUGCGAUAAGCUUUGUGUUCUCGACUUGAGUGUCUGAAGACUGGCUUGCUACUACUCUUAUCCUAGCACUUUGCUAUGUUUAUUAUUUUGCUAGGAUGUACUGUGUGUUUGAUAACAUUCCUCAUUCUCUUAAAAUCGGACUAUGAGAAGCAGUCAUAUUUUAUGCUCUUGCAGCUUAUCUCAACUCUCGCACAUUACAAAGAGAGUUUUGUGCGAACCACAAGGCUGAAGAGUCAUCAAAAGACUUCAAACAGUUCCUAAAAAGCUUGCCUGAAGGUGUAUGAAUUAUUGACGAUGAUGAUUCUCAAUUUAAAUUUUAUAACCUCAAGCUUAGACAGACCUUAGAUACCAGUUUGUUCUGCGGACCUGACAGCAAUAUUAGAGCUUUAGAAGCGAUUAAGGCUCAAAUUAAUAGAGAAUUUGAAGACUCCCAAAAAAAAAUUAUUGCAGGCUUUAAUGAAAGUUCUAUUGCAAAUGACGCCUUUAGGCUACUGAGUAAAGAUUUUAAAGUCCUUAAGCCACAGCACAAGAUUGAACUCGGAAGUAGCGCAAGGGAGGUCCCUAGCUGCUUGAAUAAGUCUGCUCAGAGUAAUCAUUUCAAUUUCUAUAACCAUCCAUUACUGGUUAAGAAAGCUAAAAUAGGAGAUCAUAACGAUAUAACUCUUCAUGAUUUUUUAAAACAAGAAAGAGCGGAUCUCCGAAGGCAAGAUGAAGAGGAAAGAGAAACGAAAAUUACUCUUUAUUUUGAUGAAUUCAACCACAUAGAUGGCAUUGAGAUGAUAGGAAGAGAGUUUAUUAUUAAGACAAGGAGUGUCUCCCAAAACGAUCCAGAAAAUCCUAAAAAGUGUUUAUUUCUUCAUAUUUUCAUUGAUACCACCCAAAUCACUCAACUAGAGGAACAAAGAGCACAAAAUAGAUACCAAAAGCAGAUGCUUGCAAAUGUGUCGCAUGAGUUUAGGACUCCACUCAAUGCCAUGUCUAUUAGUCUCAUACUUCUUCGCAAGCAAAUUAAAGGCCCUCCUGCAAAGCUUCUAAGAAUUGCAUCUUCGAGUUGUGGUAUCUUAAGCUCUCUAGUAGAAGAUAUCCUAGAUCAUGCCAAGAUUGAGUCAGGAGUUUUCCAAGUUCAGGAAGAAGUCUUCAGAGUCAACAAACUUAUCAAUGAAAUUAAAGAUAUAUUUGAGCUACAGGCUUCUAAGAGAAAGAUCAGACUCACUUUCAAUCUCCCUGAUGGCUUUGGUGAGUUGCUGAUCAAGUCAGAUAAGCAAAGAAUCAAGCAAGUUAUGAUGAAUUUGCUCUCUAAUGCUCUCAAAUUUACUGAUAAAGGUGCCAUCAGGGUCACUUUGGAGCAAGUCCGAGAGAAAAGACAAUGAUUUAUAGUAAAAGAAGAAGAUAAAGAAGAAAGUAAAUAUGACACAUAUUUCAACUUUCAGAAUGGAUCUGUGAAAGACAAAGUGGAUUCUUGAUAUGAAAGUGUCAAUCAGGAAUAUACUUCUAGGCCUCAGAUACCAAGAAUCAGCCAAUAUUCUUGAUAUCCUGAUAAUCAAGAGGAAUCAUUGAUAAUUAAUUCCAGAGAGGAUCACAAAGUUUCUGAAUCGGACUCAGAUGAGGUUAAUGAACCAGAGUUAGAGCCUACCAGGACAUUAAAGCUCAAAUUAACGGUAGAAGACACAGGAAUCGGAAUCCCCUUGAGCGACCAGUCCUCUCUGUUCAAGCUAUUCGGCAAGACCAGCUCCAACCACAACCGUAACAAGACUGGCUGCGGUCUGGGGUUGACCAUCUGCAGGAAGAUCUUGCAGAAGCUUGGAGGAGACAUCACUUUAGAGUCCCAAGAAGGUAGAGGCACAAAAGUAACUUGCAUAUUGAUGGCAAAAUAUUAA